AGGCACCCAAGUCAGCCUUGACGCUUUACACUCUUCAUGAUGAAUCUCGGGGUCGUGGUCGUCCUUUUGGGGCUCGUGGCGUACGGGUCAUGUUUCCCGGGGAAGCACAACAUCAGUCUGCCGCUCUGCGACUCUCCAGAAGCUGAAGCUGCAGCCCAGGCGGCUCUGGAUUUCAUCAACGCGCAGCAUACGCAUGGCUACAAAUACACCCUGAAUGAAAUCGAGGACAUCAAGGUCUUUAAUAAGGCUGACGGAACACACACCUACCUCUUGGAGCUGGAGCUCCUCGAGACUAAGUGCCAUGUCUCCCACCCGAAACCUGUGCCUGAGUGCAAAGUCAGACCCAAAGUCGAAACGGCAGUUGAAGCAGACUGUGAUGUAGCUCUGUCUGAUGCUGGGGGCCAGCUUUCUGUCGCUGCGUUCAAGUGCAAAACUGAGCUAGAAACAUUUAGCCCUUGUCCAGGCUGCAUCUUCCUGCAGGCUCUGAACGACACAGACGGCACUCAGCUGGUUCAAGAUUCACUGGCGCUGUUUAAUAACAACAACACCUUCGAUGCUACUUUUGAUGUUCUCGAUGUUGGGCGGCUGACGUCUCAGAUAGUGGGUGGUGGGCCCCUAAUACGAGCCGAAUACGCCAUUAUCGAAACCAACUGCACAAAUGGUGAAGUUCCUGCCUGUGUCCCUAUGGACCAUGGGGUUGCUCGCCAAGGGUUCUGUCAAUCUGAAGGCCAUGGGCUUAAUGUGAACAUCAACUGUGAAGUCUUCCAACCAAAUGCCAAUGGACCUUCUGUUCCCUCAGCUGGGCCGGUGUCCCCAUCCAUCACCCAAGGCUUUAAUCACCACAAACUUCCAGCCCUGCAUGACCCAGAAGCCACAGGCCUCUUGUCUGCAGAGUCGAACUCAGCUGAGAAAGCACCGAUUGUCAAAAGGACCGUGGCAGAGCCUCAAGUGAAUGGACUAGUCGCUGAACCGGUAGUUCUGCGUCCAAGGUGCCCAGGAAAAACCAAACACUUUUGAGUCCACUCUUUAAACGUGCCCUUAAUACAUUUAUAUGGAGGACAUUUAGUUCCCCAUGGGCACAAAAGCACGCUGGAUUGAGUUUUGUGAAAAUAUUAAGACAAUUAGCAAGCAAAGCAGUCCCGAUUUUAGAUGACUGUACUUAGUAGGCUAUUUGAUUUGUACUGUUUUAGAGGAAUAAAAUUCCUAUUAAGCAGAGA